AUGCGUCGCGGUCUCUCUAUUUUCAUUGUGGUCAACUUGAUCAUUCUGCUCCUCCUCGUUAGAAGCGUCUAUACCCUCCUGACAUUGCUCGUCGAAGAUGCUUCAGCCGAUGCCAUCCACCGCGCCGAGAUCCCGUCGCCGAAUUCAAGCCUGAUUGAACAACGUCCGCAGGUCAUCCCCAAGAUCAUUCACCAGACCUACAAGAAUGAAUCUAUUCCGGAGGUGUGGAGGGAAGCGCAGCAGAGCUGCAUUGACCUGCACCCUGACUACGAAUACAUUCUGUGGACCGAUGAGAAGUCACGCAAGUUCAUUGCAGAAGAAUAUCCCUGGUUCCUCGAGACUUUCGAUAGCUACAAGUAUCCGAUUCAGCGCGCGGAUUCGAUCCGGUAUUUCGUUCUGGCGCAUUACGGAGGAACCUACAUUGAUCUUGACGAUGGUUGCAACCGUCGCUUGGAUCCUCUUCUCGCGUAUCCCGCCUGGUUGCGUCGCACUGCUCCCACCGGCAUCUCCAACGAUGCCAUGGGCGCCGUUCCCCAGCAUCCAUUCUUCCUUCGCGUUAUCGAGGCAUUACAAUCGUAUAACCGCCACUGGCUGCUCCCCUACGUCACAGUUAUGUACUCAACGGGCCCGUUGUUCUUGUCAGUGAUCUGGAAGCAAUACAUGCAAGAGCAGCGAAGCGACCUAGGCCGUGUCCGAAUUCUCAUGCAGGGAGAGUACAACAGAUAUUCGUGGAGUUUCUUCACACACCAUAUCGGCAACAGCUGGCAUGGAAAGGACGCAAGAUUGAUUUUUUGGAUGGGUGAACACUGGCUGUUCCUCACCGUCUGUGGGUUCAUUCUUGCUGGUGUUGCCGGAGUCGGAAUCUGGUGGGCCUACGGGAAAGUGCUACUAUUGACUUCCAAGUACCGCUACCAAUACUCGGUACUUCCUACAACCAACUCCCAAGCUGGUCCCUCUCCCAACUCGAGGUCCCGGCUCACGGUACCGAGACUAUUUCGGCAUGCGAGCUUCAAAAAGGACGAAGAGUCCGGGACAAUCACUGAGACUUCAUAUGAACUCUUUGGUCGGCGUGAUGAUUAA